CAACGGAAAGCAACAAACAAUCAUCAGCAGCCAGCCACAUCGACUUUGCACUGACGACAAGCAAGCGAGUGCGUGUGUGCUUGAAGUUGAGUGUGUGUGAGUAGGAGGCAGGCAAGCAAGCAAGCAGUAGUCGCUGGGUGUUGCCAAGCGAACCCAGAGUCGCUUUGCUUCCAUUGCCAGAGCGUUUAAGCCAAAGAUGCAGCGCCUAUCGCCCACAUCGCCGCUGCAGACGGACCCACCAGCUCGCACCGUGUCCUUCUCCACAGAGCUGCUGAAUGGGUUCUCCACCGCCUGCCAGAUUGGAGAUGAUGGUGCACGGUUGAUCAAGGACAUGGCUGCGUUCUUCAAGAAGCGCCAGGAGAUUGAAACCACAUAUGCCAAAAGCCUAAACAAGCUUGCGACACAGUACCUGGGGCAGGUGCCUGAAGACAAACGCAAGCUCUUUGAUCGAUCCCAGCAAUACACCAACACGUCAUCAUCCAUCCUCACGUCGUGGUACAACGUUUUGGAAGAAGCCCUCUUCACCGCAGGCUCGCACGAGCAACUUGCAUCAAACCUUGGGCAGCGAGUGACUGAUCCUCUCGCCUCCACAAGUAAAGACAUCGAACUCGCACGCAAGCAGCACAUCGCCGAUGGACUGAAGCAGCAGAAGCAUUUGCAGGACGCCUACACCGAACUCAAGAAGGCCCAGAGCCAGCACUCGACGCAGCAGAAGGAAGUGGACGACUGUCAAGAUGCACUGGAGAGAGCAAAGGGGAAUUACAUGACAAAGGACUCCACCUUUCAAAAGCUGAACGGCCGCCUGAGGACAUCUGAGGACAAGGCGGCGCUCGCUGCUCAGACGCUGCACGAACAAGAGGACAAAUGCACAAAGAUACAGCUGGAGCACUACAAGAUGCAUUUCCCGCGGGUGCUCGAGGAGAUGGAACAGCGCGAGGAGGAGCGAGCGGCAGCGAUGAAGGCUGCCAUGCUCGCUGCCGUCAGAUGCACGCGGGACAUGCUGCAGCGCGAGGUUGGACUUGAGGUCGCCCUCUGCUCAUUCAUUCAGGACGCAGACACGCGGCUUGACAUUGAGCAAGCAAUCCGGCAGUUUGAUGGCGGCGAUGAUAUGGAUGCGCCCGUCACCUCCAUCCUCAACCCGACUCUCAAGUCGCACCUCGCCGCAACCGCCCUCGAGUCUCCAAAACCGUUUCGCGAUUAUCUCUUCAUCCUCGUCGCCCACAACCGCCGCCUCUACCAAUACGAGAGCGACAACGCGCAACAUCCCAAGUUUGUGGCGACGCUGCCGCUGGGCAACCGGACCGUUCGUCCCGUGGACACGUCGCUGUUUGGUCGCCGUCACGUCUUCCAAGUCAUCACAAAGUCGCGGACGCUCUACAUCGAGUGCCCGGAUCAGAAGACAUACAGGCAAUGGAUGGAGGCGUUGCGGGAGGUGUGCUUCCCCGAUCCCAACACCGACGCAACCAUGCGCCUCGUGCGAUCUGUCAGCGUCACCGUUGUCGAGGCCAAGGAUCUGCCGAAGAGCGGGGACUACUUCGCGCUGGUCCUCCUCGACCACGAGCGACAGGCCAUGACGUCCAUCCAGAGCAACACCAACGCGCCCUACUGGAACCAGUCCUUCACCAUCGAUGCCAUCCCCAUCCAGGCGCGGGAGGUUGUGGUUGAGGUCCACCGCUGCUCGGGAAACUUCGGGGCCGUCGCUCGCCAGUCCGCCGCCGUUUUCAAGCGAAAGGUUGCGAACAUUGGCCGGACAGACACGCCGCGAAAACCGCGAGCGCUUGACGCGGAUGCCAAGACAAAGGAGCGCGUGCGCGAGGGCGAUGUUGUUGGACGCGUCGUCUUCACCAUCGCCGACCAGUCCGACCCCUCCGUUGCAAAGGAGCACUGGGCCCCGCUCGCCUCCGCUGACGGCGAUGCGGGCUCCAUCCGUGUUGCCGUUCAAACGACGGACGAGUGCAUCCGCCCGGAGCGCGAGUACCAGUACCUUCGCAACCUUAUCCACGAGCGAAACCAGGAUCUGCAAUCGAUACUCCGCUCGCUGGAUCUCUCCAUCCAAGGGAGCGAUCGCAUCCCAAUGGCCCAGGUGUUGAUGAGCGUCGCCCACGCCAACGACUCGCUCCCCGCCGUUCUCCUUGCGCUCUGCCAGGCCGAAGUCCAGGGCUCGACGAAUCCCACCACGCUCUUCCGCGGCAACUCUCUCGCAACCAAGGCCAUUGAUGAAUUCAUGAAGAUCAUCACCAUCCACGAGGGCCGCUACCUCCAGCAGGCGCUUGCCAUGCCCAUACAGACCAUCUACGACACGCGUGCGAGCUGCGAGCUCGAUCCAACGCGCAUUACAGCCAGCGACGUCACGAAGGAGCGCAACAGCAACUACAAGCGGCUGUUGAAUCUAAUCAACCUCGUGUGGAGUAGCAUCGAUCACUCCAUCACCAGCGUGCCUGCUGAGCUGCGCUUCGUGUUCCACCACCUGCACCGGAUGGUCGCCGAGCGCUUCCCCGACAGCGGCACCGCUCCGCGCACGGCCGUUGUCGGAUUCUUCUUCCUCCGCCUCAUCUGCCCAGCCAUCAUGGGGCCGCAGCUGUUUGGCCUUCAAGUGAAUCAUCCCGAGGACAACACCGCCCGGACCCUCAUCCUCAUCUCAAAGGUGAUCCAAAACAUGGCGAACGGCAUUACGUUUGGGCAGAAGGAGGACUACAUGAAGGACCUAAACGCAUUUAUCGGAGAAAACGCUCAAGCAAUGGAGCAAUGCCUGCUGCACCUGACGUCCCCACCGCCAUCGCCAAUCAUGCUCGACAUUGAUCUGCAGCCGUCGCCGCGCUGUCUCGCCGCGUUCCACCGCCUGCUGGAGGCAAACCUCCCCGGCCUUGAACAGACGGCAGCCUCUGAGGAGUUGGGCGAUUCCGACCGCAGUCACGUGAAGGCGCUGAUUCACGUGGUGAAGGCACUGCGGCGGCCCAGCAGAGAGGAGCACGACCUGGCGCUGCACAAUGAGAUUGAGCGACAGGAGCGUCUUUUGAGCACGGGCGAGUCGGUCGAUCUUCAGUUGAGCGUAUCGGGCCCAGGCACGCCUUUGCAGCAGCAGCAGCAGCAGGAGGAGUUUAUCCGAACCACCAAGAAGGGCGGACUGUCGACGCUACUCCGUCGCACACGUGCACGCAGCUCGGCAGAUCCUCUCGCAAACCAGGCGCGGGUCCGCUCCAUCACUUCGUCGCCCACAAUGACACGAUCAGCAAAAACAAGCGCAUCGUCGGCGUCGCAAGCGCAGCAGCAGUACCGCGGCACAUCCCCAAGCUCGAUGGAGGUGGAGCUCGCACUAUCAGAUUCCAUGCAGGGCGCAGCGUUUUCGGACAUGACGGCAGCGAGUUUGAAGCGGUCUUCCCCACAGGAGCCCAUUCCGGAGUUUCUGGCGGAACAAGCGCCAGAGGCGGCGAGUGCGCGGACGAGCGUACUGGUUGAGGAAGGAGCAGCAGUCAGCCCGCAGGAGGCGUCGCCAGGCUCUGCGGCAAAGAUGGGAGCGACGGGCGCGGAUAUGAGUGCGGCAGAGGGCGCACAGGGACAGGCCAAGCCCGCGUGGCGCCAGGCGUCGCUGAUUGCCCGCUUGACGCAAGAGGAUGAAGGCGAGGACGACGACGAAGAUGACGAAGAUCCAAACGAAACAGACCUUUGAGCAGAGUCGCUUGUGUGUGUGUGUGUGUGUGUGUGUGUGUGC